CACUACUAUUUUAUUUUAYAGAGAACAUCRUCCAAGAAAACCUGAUGCMUACAAAACUGACAGCACCAACAAGUUUUAUGAAGUCCACRGAAGGCAAAGACAAGCAACCAGUUACUUCUUAUACUGUUUGGACAAGUCAGACAACAACACAAGCGACAGAAAAGAAGAUGUACAUAAGUGAUCCUGUACCUAUGAUCAGUGAUCGUUUUUGCUUCUACUUGCCUGUGAUUGGAGUUCUUAUUGUAGUAGUGAUUGCUGUACGCGAUCUUCUUCGUUGGAAGCUAAACAAGUACUGCAUCUAUAACGUCAGUGUACGUCCCACAUCCAAACAAGAUGUCGAAUGCACCGUAUGCCAAUCCGAGGGAACUCGUACUAAAGAGGAGGAAAACCUCUACGAAGAAACAGAUAUUUAAUAUAGCAUAGACUAUCAUAUAAAGUGCCUUGUUUUAGAAUGUUUUAAGUAUAGACAUGUUUAAAUUAAGAUUGUUUAGUUAUGAAGCUAUGAAAGGACCUUAAAGUGCAUUUGAACCCUUUUAAAAAAUCAUUUUACUCAGACGGUGCAGUGAUAAAACUAACAUGGCAAUGAUCUGCACUGAAAAAUACAUUUGUAGGUGAUUUCAUAUCCAAGAUCCAUAAUAUCAUUGAUAUUUUAUUUUCACACUAGUUUGCAGCGUUCUCGGAAAGCUAUAUCAUUGUUUCGAUCGUGUCUAAAAGUACAUACGAGUGACCACGAGUGACCACGAACUCGUGGUCACUCGUGGUCAUUCGUGGGCACUCGUGGUCAUUCGUGGGCACUCGUGGGCACUCGUAUGUACUUUUAGACAUGAUCCAUUGUUUCACUAAUUCUCGGUUAGUUAUAGGUUGAAUUUUUAGCGUUAGAUUGGUUUUGGAACAUUCAAAAGUUUAAAGUUCUCAUAAAGAUAUAUUUCAAAA